AUGGCUUCAACUGUCGUUCACAGUUCAAUUAAUCCAUCAACACCAUUUCUUUCAAGAGCCCACUUCCCAUUUCAAAUUUCCAAACACUUCUCACCAGAGUUCUUCCCUUCUGUGCACUACAAGAACUACUUCAGAGGCAAAGAAAGUUGGCCAAUGAAGAAGAAAUUUAAGGUGAAAGCCACAGUAACUGAAGCACCACCGUCUUCGCCAUCUACACAAAGCGAUGGUGACGGAACUGAUGGGUCUUCUUCUCCGCCGUCAAAGAAUUUAAAGAUACUUGUGGCGGGUGGUGGGAUUGGAGGGUUGGUUUUCGCGUUGGCGGCGAAGAGGAAGGGGUUUGAGGUGGUGGUGUUUGAGAAGGACUUGAGUGCAGUUAGAGGUGAGGGACAGUACAGAGGCCCAAUUCAGGUUCAGAGUAACGCACUGGCUGCUUUGGAGGCUAUUGAUAUGGACGUUGCCGAUGAGAUUAUGAAGGCUGGCUGUAUUACUGGUGAUCGGAUUAAUGGGUUGGUUGAUGGUAUUUCCGGCAAUUGGUAA